AUGGCCGACGCUGCAGUGGAAACGACCCCCGCGACCACCGAGGUUACAGCCAAGGAUUUGAAAGAGAAGAAAGAAGUUGAAACCAAAAAGGAAGAGGAAAAGGAGACCAGUGACGCACCUGCCAAUGGAACAAACGGUGCUGACCACAGUGACAAAGUAAAGGAAACUGAGGAGGAGGAACACAAAAAUGGAGAAGGAAACGGUGAAGAGGCGCCCCCUGCUGACGAAGCCGAAGCACAACCGGUGAAGCGCGCAGCUGAGGAUGAAGAGGAGAAAGAAGACACAAAAAAACAGAAGAAGGAAGAGAAUGGAGACUCAAAAGAGGCUGAGGUUAAGGCCUAG